AUGUGUAAAAUUUUCCCCACCUCUUUAAAGGGACCGGCCCUAAAUUGGUUCACAAGACUCCCACCAGGGUCGGUAGACUCUUUCACAACCUUGUCCUCCCGAUUCGUAAUACAGUUCACCACAAGUCGACCUCAUCAGCUCACUUCAAUUGCAUUGGUCAAUAUCCGCCAAGAAAAGAAAGAACCCCUAAGAACCUUCAUGGAACGGUUCGGAAGAAUGACCCUUUCAAUCCGAGACCUCGAUCCGGCGGUAGCCAUGCAUCACCUCAUCACGGCGUUGAGACCGGGCCCUUUUGUAAACAACCUAUGCAAGAAGCCGCCCCGAGAUUUGGACGACCUUCGACAAAGAGCUACUAAGUAUAUGCAAAUGGAAGAAUUGGCUGAGUUCAGAAAUCAGAACCGGGCCGACCUUCUCCCGGGAAAGAAAGAAGCUGAAAAGGAGCAUCUUCCAAGGCCUCGUCCCCGAGACGUACUUGAUCGAGAUAGAACCAACAGGGGUCCCCGGUAUGCACAUUACACGCCACUCAACACCAGUAGGACCAAGGUGUUAGAGCAGGCAUUGGCCAUAGAGAUCCUCGCGGUGCCCCGCCGCGCUAUGACCCCACCCCACGCAGACAAAACCAAAACAUGCUAG